CUCUGCGCCCGUGCGUCUUCGCUGGGCACUCGAGACCAUGGGGAAGCUGGUGGUGCUGACCCUGCUGGGGGCUGCCCUGGCCCUAAUCGGGGAGAGAUUAGUGGCGUUUAGACAAAGAGUUAAUGCAUCUCGAGAAGUGGAGCCAGUAGAACCCCAGAACUGCCACCUUGUUGAGGGACUUGAACAUGGCUCUGAAGAUAUUGAUGUACUUCCUAGUGGGCUGGCUUUUAUCUCCAGUGGAUUGAGAUAUCCGGGCAUGCCAGACUUGGCACCAGAUGAGCUAGGGAAAAUCUUCUUGAUGGAUCUGAAUGAGAAAAACCCAAAGGUCCAGGCGCUAAAGAUGAGUGAUGAUUUUGACAAAGCAUCAUUCAAUCCACAUGGAAUCAGCACUUUCAUUGACAAAGACCACACUGUGUAUCUUUAUGUUGUGAAUCAUCCCGACUUGAAGUCCACUGUGGAGAUAUUUAAAUUUGAGGAACAACAACGUUCCCUGAUACACUUGAAAACUAUACAACACGAACUUCUCAAAAGUGUGAAUGACAUUGUGGUUGUCGGACCAGAACAGUUCUACGCCACCAGAGACCGCUAUUCUACCAACUUCUUCUUGGCACUAUUUUUUGAGAUGGUCAUGGAUCUUCACUGGACGUAUGUUCUUUUCUAUACUCCAAGAGAGGUCAAAGUGGUGGCCAAAGGAUUUAGUUCUGCCAAUGGCAUCACAAUCUCACCAGAUAAGAAGUAUAUCUAUGUAGCUGAUAUAAUGGAUAAGAACAUUCAUGUAAUGAAAAAACAUGAUAACUGGGAUUUAACUCCACUGAAGGUAAUACAGUUGGGCACCUUAGUGGAUAACCUAAGUGUUGAUCCUGACACGGGAGAUAUUUGGGCAGGAUGCCAUCCUAAUGUCAUGAAGCUGCUGAUGUAUAACCCUCAGGAUCCUCCAGGGUCAGAGGUGCUUCGCAUCCAGAAUGUUUUGUCUGACCAGCCCAGGAUAGGUACCGAGUAUGCCAAUAAUGGCUCUGUGCUUCAGGGCAGCUCUGUGGCUGUUGUGUACCACGGGAAACUUCUCGUAGGCACUGUGUUUCACAAAGCUGUGUACUGUGUGCUCUAGACUCCAGAUAUUUCAAAAAGUCUACAUAUCUGGUAAAAGAAAAUCCCUAAUUAUAUCAUAAGCAGAACCGUAAAUAAAUGACGAACACCAACAAAAGUGCAUCUGGCUUUUCUUAUGGCUAGAAGUAAAGAAGUAGAGAGAUUACAUAAUAUCCACCAAAUUGCAAGUCACGUUAGUGCCAGUCCAACAGGAAGCCAAACCUCUCAAUUCUUUUUGUAUAGCACCCCCAACAUUCUUUCUACAAUACGAUGGGUGCGCUGUGGCAAGCGAGGCGGCCAGCUCACCUAGGGCUCCUUGAUAACUGUGUGGCAAAAUUACCUCGUACGGCUGUGAUGUUCUGAGCCUCCUGCAGUCCAGACCAGGAGAAAAGCUAAUGUUUAAAUAUUUACAAUUCCCUUCUCUUCCUCCAAUUGUGUGAGGCACAAACUGCCAAUCAAGAGCCCAGCCCAUGGAUAAAAGCAAGAAUUGACGUCAUGAGACUGCCUCCUUAAACCUGCAUUCUCCCCAGUACAGACACACAGCAAAUCAAGUUCUGGGAAAUCUGACAGAGACAAGCCUCACUUAGAGCAGAGCAGGGCUGAUCUGUUCCUUUUUAAAAUGUCUUAAUUGUAGUGACAUCUGUAUCUGAAGUAUUGUAAUCAGCUUGGCUCUGAACCAUGCGACGGGGCCUCCGGUCUGUUACCUUCAAUUGCUUUAAAUUUGCUCUUCUGGUUAAUUCAAUAAACACUUGUUAAGCAACAUCCCAUAGACUUGGCCCUAAGAAACCAGAAAU